AUGGGGGGACAAGGUAGUCGAUACGCUCUAGCUGGCACUUCAAAUUUAUAUCGCGAAAAUUUAAAAAAUUAUUUAAAAAAAUUCGACGCAGACGAAAUUGAAGUCCUUAAAAAUGUCUAUAAAAUUCUUGUACUCAGGAGUGAUGCACCUGGGAUCGACAAGGAGACUUUCCUGCGGUAUUUCCCGCUGCCGGGGUUAUGGGGCGAGAGGCUCUUCCAGAAGUUCGACUACAAAGGUACCGGCAGUGUUGACUUGGAGGAAUUCCUCAUCGGCAUUGCUGUUUGCUGCAGAGGCACGAAGAGCGACCGCAUGUUUGUGUUGUUUCAGGUGUUCGACUUGAACAACGAUGGAUAUAUUCAAAAGAGCGAGUUGAUUGCCAUGUUGUCGAAUUUACCGAACUUGGAGAAUUAUAUUUCUGCAAGACCCUCAGACCCUGCAGCAGAGGAGCAGCAGCAGCAGGCGUCUAUCCAUGACCCGGAUGAGCAGCAGCAGCAGCAGCACCAAGAAGCAAGCUGGACACAAGUCAGUAGCAGGGAAGGACUCGAUCCUGUAGAGGAGGAGUCUGACAGCAGCGAAGCUUCAAGUGUCUCCGACUUGUCCGUAGGGCCCCUUCCGUACCCUGCUGCUGCUGCUGCUGCACAAGCAGCAGCAGCUGCCGCGGCAGCAGCAGAAACCGCAGCAGCAGCAGCGGCAGGAGCUGCAGCGGCUGGCGCAGUGGCGGCAGGAGCUUCAGAGGCAGGAGCUGCUGCAGCUGCAGUAGGAGCUGCAGCAGGUGCUGCUGCUGGAGUCGCAGCAGCAGCAGCAGCACCAGCUCCUGCCAAUGUUCUGCCUACGAAGGACAUAGACGUGGACUGUCUUACCCCUGGUGCAGCAGCAACACCACCUGCAGCAGCAACAGCACUACCAGCAGCAGCAACAACAGCAGCAGCAGCACCAGAGAGUGCUCCAGCAGCAGCUGCUGCUACACCCCUUCUAACCGCAGCGGGUUGCAGCGUAUCUUUGACAGCUCCAGAGUGCGAUGCACUGCAGCAGCAGCAGCAGCAACAACAACAACAGCCACAACCACAGCAACUGCCACAGCAGCAGCAGCAGGUGGAGGGGGUGGAAGCUGGGGAGGCAGAGGUAGAGGGAGGAGUCCCUGUUGAUGAUGGAGAGAGCAGUCUCCUUUCUGCAGCAAGCUGCAGCAGCAAAGCAAAAAAGAAUCCAUCUCCUGUUGCGCAGUUGCUUAUUGAUAUUGAGAAGCAGCAGCAACUAGGCAGCAACCAACAACCUGCUGUUGAUGUUGAAUGUGUUGCGGAUAAAAUCAUUGAAGAAUGCGAAGUAAACAACACUGCUGCUUCUGCUGCUGCUGCUGCUGCAGUUGCAGCAUGGGGAAACAAGGGCGUCUUGAGGAUGGGAUCGGGAGAGGGUAAAGACAACAAGGGAACGAGAAAUGGAGGAAUUCGGCAGGACCAAUUCCAGAAGGUGCGGCGGCUGUUUACUGGACACCACGGGGGAAUGCCGCUGCAGUCACGCGUUGUGUCUCCUGCAAGCAAGGAGCCAGCUGCUGCUGCUUCAGGUCCUAGAUCGUCUCUUCUUUCUCCUGGAGACAGAGGGAAGGGAUCCGCGAAUCUUGCGGCCCCUGCAACUGCAGCAGGACUUACCAGCACGGCGGGCUCACUCACUCCCGUAGGGGGAGACACAGCUGGAGCAACUCCCGCUGCUGCUGCUAAUGCAAAUCCUGGUGCUGUUGCGGGAUCGCUCAAGGCAGCGGCUGCUGCGGCGGCAGCAGCUGCUGCAGCAGCGGGGGUUGCAGCAGCAACAACAGCAACAGCCAGACCUCCUGCAGAUGAGGCUCGCACACAGCAGCAGCAACAAGGCGCAGCAGCAGCUCCUCAGCAGCAGGCAACGGGCCCGGCUGCUGCCGCCAAGCAGGGAGAAGCAGCAGUAGCACCAACAACAGCAGCACCAACUGCAACAGCAGCAGCUGCACCAGCAGGUGCAACAACAACUCCGCCCCAACAAUACAAUCCCGUAGAGGCAGCAGGAACCCCGGCAGCACCAACUGCCGCACCACCUGCAGCAACAGGACAAACAGGACAAAGUGCAUCAGCAGCAUCACCACCUGCAUCAGCAGCAGCCCCUUCAGCGACAGCCCCUACAGCAGCAACGCCAGCAGCAGCAACACCAGCAGCGGCAGCAGCCCCUGCAGUAUCGCAAGCGGCAGCACCUCCAGCAGCAACAGGACCUCCAGCAGGAACAACACCUCCAGCAGGAACACCUCCAGCAGCAACUGUACCUACAACAGCAGGAGCACCUCCGGCAGCAGCGCCAGCAGCAGCAGUAACACCAUCCCCUGCAGCGCCAGAAGCUUCACCAAGAGCCCCAUCAGUAGCACCAGCCGCCACAGCAGGAGGAGCUGCGGUGUCAACUGUUCCAGGGACAGCAGCAGCGCCAGCAGCCACAGCUCCUGCACCAGCAGCCCCAGCAGCAGCAGCCCCUGCUGCUGCUGGAGCAGCAGCUGGAGGCACUCAGUGCAUCUCUUUACCUGCUGUGUCUCGCGGCGCUGCUCCGGGGGCAAAGCUUGGGGAGCGGACAGGGGUUGCAGCAGCAUCCGCUGCAGCAGCAGCAUCCGCUGCAGCAGCAGCAGCAGCGGCGUCAGCAGCAGCAGCAGCAGCGUCAGCAGCUGCAGCAGCUGCCGCUGUAUCAGCAGCUGCAACCCCAGCAGCAGCAGCAACUCCAGGAGCAGCAGUAACCCCAGCAGCAGCAACAACACCAGGAGCAGCAACUCCAGCAGCAGCACCACCAGCAGCAGCACCACCAGCAGCAGCACUGCCAGCAGCAGCACCGCCAGCAGCAGCACCACCAGCAGCAGCACCACCAGCAGCAGCACCACCAGCAGCAGCGCAGCCUGCAGCAGCACAGCCUGCAGCAGCACAACCUGCAGCAGCACAACCAGCAACAGCACAACCAGCAACAGCACAACCAGCAACAGCACAACCAGCAGUAGCACAGCCGGCAGCUGCAGCAGGGAGCAGCAGCAGAAACCUUGGCGUGCUACCUGUUAAGGUUUGUGACUUUGAUAGAUCGUUGAGACCUGAUUUGGAUGUGCAUUUGCUGCUGAAGGGUCAGCCAACCCCGCUGCAUCCCCGACAGCAGCAGCAGCAGCAACAACAACAGCAGCAGCAGCAAGGGGACGGAGAUGGGGAGAGCCCCGCAUAUGUCUCCGACUGUGGGGCGGAGUUGGGGGCCCUCCCUUCUGUUGCUUCUCUGUCGGGUACUUUAGGGUCUUUGAUUCGUGAGCAUGCAGCAAAAGAAGCAGGAGGAGGAGCAGCAGAACCAGCAGCAGCAGACGAGCAAGAUCUACACUCUUGCCCUAAGUGUCACAGGCCGCUGCUGCUGUGUCCGGAGUGCCUAGGCAGGUCCUUACAGCUGACGUUGCUGCAUGGGAAGGUUGUGCUUGAGUGUACUAACUGCAGCAGCCAGCAAGAAUCAGCAGUAGCAGCAGCACCAACAACAGCAACACCAGCAACCCAGACAAAUCCCGGUCCAUCAGGAGCAGCAGCAACAGCAGCAGCAGCAGCAGAUGCGAAUGCUGGUGCUCCCCACAAGGCCCCCGACUAUCAACAGUCUGAUUCUAUAGAUUGUACUGCAACAACGGAUUCGCCUGCAGCUGCAUCAGCAUGUGCGAGCAAACCGAGCAUGAGCAGCAGUAGCAACAUAAGUAGCAGCACUACCGGAGACGCCAAACCACGAGGCUUUAUGUUCUUAGAAGGUUGCUUCGUGGAGACGAUCCCCGAUGCAGGAGCGUUGCGUCCUCAUGGGAUCGCCAUUGUCUACCCCAGAGGGGAUUCCGUUGCUAGGAGAGUCUUAUACGCACAGACUGCAGAGGAACAGCAGCAGUGGGUAGAUGCGCUGCGGGCAUCAACUCGCCAGCAGUCUCUGGAGCAUUUCUACGAAGUCCACGAACAAUUGGGUCAAGGGAAGUUUAGUGUAGUGUAUAGGGGUGUGCAUAAGAAGACAGGAGAAGAAGUAGCAAUAAAAGAGAUGGUCGAUACAAAGGAGACACUUUAUAUCGUCAUGGAGCUUGUUAGAGGAGGAGAACUAUUUGAUCUUAUACACGCCAAUCACCAUCUCCCCGAAGUUCAUGUCAACAGGUACGUGGCACCUGAGGUUUUAUCUCUUGAGGGUUACAACCAACUUGUUGCUGCUGCUGGGGUGCUACUGCUGAGCAGAAGGGUGGGUGCGCCGUCAAGCCUUAGUGGGGUCUUUGGCUUCGCUGACGCUGCUGCUGCUCCUGUUGCUGCUGCUGCUGCUGUGCUUACAGAUCCCACUGUGCAGCCAAUAGAUCCGCAUGCACUUGCUGCUGCAGAUGGGGCUUCCACUUUCACGAUCCCCAACCAACACAACAGGCUAGCGCAGCAGCGAGCGCAGCAGCAGCAAGCUAAGACUGCUGCUGCCCCUGCGGCAGCCGCUGCUGCCCCGGCAGCAACAGCAGCCGCUGCUGCCGCUCCUGCGGCCGUUAAAGCAGCAACGGAAGCACAUGAAAAAGAUCAACCAGGAACUGCAGUUACAGAUAACACAAAGCUUGCUGCAACAGUGGCAGCAACUGCAGCAACAGCAGCAACGCAUGGAGCUCUCAAUGCAGCUAGCGCAAACAGCGCCUUGAUCCAAUCAGCAGCACAAGCAGCAGUUGCUGCUGCUGCAACACCAGACACUGGGAAGGCUGCGGCUCCAGCAGGACAGCCAGCAGCAGCAGAGGAGAGUGGCAAGACAAAACAAACGCAGACAGCGCAACAGCAAGCAGCAGCAGCAGCAGCAGCAGUAGCAGUAGCAAUAGGAGAGCAGCACGAAACACCUGCUGCCGAUAGGCAUCCUCCAGCAGCUGCGGCUCCCGCAGCUGGCGUUGCUGCGGAAACCGCAGCAACUGCAAAGGAGACAGCGAAAGCAGCAGCAGCAGCAGCUCACUCAGCAGCAGCUGUGGCUCAGGCUGCUGCUGCUGCUGCCGCGCUGCAUGCAGCAGCAACAGACGAAGCCUUUGCUGCAGUGCAGCGGGGGCCUAGCGGAGAUAGUAUGGGGAGAAAAUCCCACCCACCGGAGCAGCAACAGCAGCAGCAACAGCCACAACAGCAGCAGGUUGGAGGCGUGUCCCCAGCUCGUGCAGCAGCAGCUCCACUAGCAGCUCCGGCGAACGCCGGGGCCACAGCACACCCAAGCGCAGCAGCGGCAGCGGCGGCGGCAGCAGCAGCAGCAGCGACAGCAACAGCACUGCCAACGGCAACAGCUGGAGCACCAGCACCUGCAGCAACAGCAGCAACGGCAGCAACAGCAGCAACGGCAACAGCAGUAGCAACAGCAGCAGCAGCACCUACGCAGUCGAAUGCUGCUGCUGCUAGUCCAUCCCCCCAAACGACCAAGAAGGCAGACACCUGA